AUGCCCAAUACCGUACAGGAGCUCGAGGUGCCUGAAUCCUCGCAGAAGACCCUUCAGCCUCGACUAUUCGAUGAUGUAGCAAAGGAGUCAUUGAUCAAGGCCGGCAAAUCUGAUGCUGAUUUGGUAGCUGGUCUUGAAGACCAGCUACCAGCUACUGAAAUCAAUCGGAAACCACCCUCCGAGGACACCGAUAUGGCCUUUGUCCCAAAAAUUGAUCCAACCGAGCCAUGGAUUAAGGCUGAGAAACCUGAUACUGAUCUAGCAGCUAGCAUUCACAAACAGGACGCCGCUACUGAUGUGAAAGAAGACCCGUCUUGCGACGAUAUUGAGAUGCCACUGGCCCCCCAAGCUCGAUCCAACUGA